CGUUGAGAAAUUCAACGACAUUAACACGAACGUCAGUUCUGUUAAUAAUACGUAAACGUAGUAUACAUUUUCAAAUAUUAUAUAAACGUACUGUAGCAAUAAAAGCAAGAGUCAACGUAUAUUCAAUAACGUUAGAGCAUGACUCAUGGAAAAACGAAGGUUUCUUUAUCCGUUAACAAUCGGCAAUCUUUCAGUUUGCAGUUGCAUCUUCUGCAAGGAGAUAGUCUAUAUCUCAAAAUUUUUUCUGAUGGUUGUGAAUACUCGGAUAUCGAAUCUAUUCUAUCGCGUGCUGCUUUUACAAACAAGAAAAAAACAAGAAAGGAAAAUAACGUGAAUAACAAUAUUUAUCUUUAAUUAUACCUUCAUUAUAAUGCAUCAUAGUGCAUCGAUAUUCACCAAUAUUUUCAACAAUAUAUCUUAAAGUGAAGAAACAGUAGAAAAUAUUUUAGUUCGUGUGAGAGGAGUUAAUGUCGAACAAUUAAAGAAACGAAAAAAAAAAAAGAAAAAGAAAAGAAAAGAAAACGAAAACAAAGUAAAAGGAAAGAAAAAAGAAAAAAAGGCACACAGUCAGCCAGUCAAUGCUGAUUUCUGAACUUUACGUCAUUUGCGAUUGGACGUCUUGAUAUGUAAGUAUAUAUAUAAAGCGAAAUGCAUGGUGAGUUUAAGUUAAAUAACAUCGAUUGGACGUAACGAGGGUAUUUGUAGAAAAAAAAAAAAAAAAAAGGGAGGAAAAAAUAGAGAAAGAAAGGAAAAGAACGGAAAAGACGAAUACAAGAAAAGAAAAGAAAAAAAGAGAGAGAGAGAGAGAGAGAGAAAGAGAGAAAGAGAAAAAGAGAAAAGGACGCGAAGAGGAAAAAUGAAGGUGUUACGGUACGUUAUUUUUUGGAUGGCUUUGUGUCUCACGUUCUCUCAAGGAUAUCGGAUACUAGGAGUUUUUGCGUUUCAAGGGAAAAGCCAUUUUAUCAUGUUCGAAGCUUUGAUGAAAAGUCUCGCUAAGAAGGGCCAUCAGAUCGACGCGAUCACUUCGUUUCAUUUGAAAAAACCAUUGGUUAAUAUCACCGAAUUGGUAGUAAUACCAUCGCAAAUGAAAUUGGUCAAUAACAUUUCCUAUGAUCAAAUGAGGUUAAUACUAACCGGACUUCCGGUACGAACAGUGGCAACCUUAGGUGGUAAUGAAGUUUGUGAAAAUUUGAGACUUCCGGAAAUUCAAAAAUUAAUACACGAACCAUCGAAGAAUCCACCGUAUGAUGUCAUUUUGAUGGAGAUUUUUGGUGCCAACUGUUUUGCAGUACUCGGACAUGUCCUCAACAUACCGAUUAUCGGAGUCAGUUCUUCUGCUCUCUAUCCAUGGCACAAUCAUUUAAUUGGAAAUCCCGAAAAUUUGGCUAUCCUUCCUAACAAUUUAUUAAAUUUCAUCAAUCAAAUGAACUUUUGGCAACGAACGUAUAACGUUCUAAACACUAUCUUCAACAAAAAGUAUUUCAAUCAUUUGACCGGAUAUCAAGACGAACAAAUAAAAAAGUACGUCGGUCCGAAUUUACCGAGUGUUCGAGAAUUAGAAAAGAGUAUUUCUUUGAUCCUGGUGAACUCAUAUUUCCCUCUGAAUGGAAUCCGACCGAUCACACAGGCUCAUAUCGAAGUAGGUGGAUUACAUGUUCAAGACGACAACUCGAAAUUACCACCAGAGCUGGAAAAAUGGUUAGACGAGAGCAAAGACGGUUUCAUCUAUUUCUCGUUCGGAUCGAUGAUCAAGAUAGAAUCUUUUCCAAUACACAUCCUUCAUAUAUUCUAUAAAUCUUUCGGAAAGAUAUCGCCAGUAAAGGUAUUAAUGAAGAUUCCAAAUCCUGAAGAAUUACCACCUGGUUUGCCAAAGAACGUUCGCAUUUCCCCGUGGUUACCGCAAUUGAAAAUUUUAAAACAUCGGAAUUUGAAGGCGUUUAUUACUCACGGUGGUCUUAUGGGGACACAGGAGGCCAUUUCUUGCGGCGUUCCAAUGAUCGGAAUACCUCUCUUCGCUGACCAAUUUAUAAAUAUCGAUAACUACGUAAAAAAGAAUAUCGCGGUGAAACUAGAUUACGAAAAUUUGUCGGAAGAUGAUAUGGAUGCUGCAUUGAACGCGAUCUUGUAUAAUUCCACUUACAGAGAGACGGCACGUUUGAUAGGACAGAAAUUUUUAGAUAGGCCGUUGAACCCUAUCGACACGGCUAAUUUUUGGAUCGAGUAUAUCGUGAAAUACGGAAAGGACGCUCUUCGUUCACCGGCCAUGGACUUGAAUUGGUGGCAAAUCGAACUUUUAGAUGUAUAUGCAUUCCUAUUGUUGGUUACUAUCGUUACCAUUUAUAUAACAACUCGUUUAAUUCUAAUGCUUCUGAACGUGUUUUCAUCAAACGCGAACGCUAAAGUUUCACGCGCGAAAAAGAUGAAAUAACAAUCUGUCUUACGGAUGAAACAAUUUCGUAAAGUCUUAAGGAUUUAAGAAUUUAUUUGAAUUUUUUUUUAAUAUCAAAACAAAUUCAAUUUUGAAAAGAAAUUUUCAUGAUCAAUUUAACUUCAUCUCCCGAUGUCAAUGUACGAAUUAAUUAUAUAGA